AACAUGGUUAUGUGUUGGUUCGAGUCCCUGAGCUGCUGCUGCGGGAACCGCAGGUAACAGCGGGGUGCUCCCGGGGCUCGACCUGAGAGACGGUGACGGAGUAACGGUCCGGAGGAGGAGAGGACCCCAGCAUGGACGACAGCCUGGCCCGGAGGCCGGCAGCCCGGCCGCGGAGGCUGUCUGCUGCCGCCGCGGACUCCGGAGCUAACGUUAGCCUGCAAGAUGGCGAGGUGAGCGAGGGCAUCGAGCUGCAGCCCGCCAGAGAACCACCGACGGCGGCGGACAGACCGGGUGCUGCCGCCGCUGCCGCCGGGAUCACGGACAGGAGGAGCUCGGCUCCGCAGGGGGUUCACCAGAGGCAUAUGCCGAUGGAGCCCAAGAAGUUCCAGAUACCGAAGAAGACCAGGGAGAAGAGAGCUCUCUUCCGAGAUGUCUCCACGGAGUCCAGGGAGUUUGAAGACAUGGUGAACAUCCUGACCUCCAGUUACUUUGACGCUGGCUCCGCCGGCUGCUUCACCUACUGCAAACCUCGCCUGGUCUACAGCGAGCUGCCGGAGAAAGAGUUUGUGGAGAGGAGGAGGGAGAUGAAGAUGGACGGGAGGACGGACACGGAGCUGGAGGAGAGUUACGGUUUCAUGUUGGCUGAGGCUCACAAGGUGCACCAGCUCUGUGAGAGCGGUCUGUGUGUGGGUCAGAGCUGGAUCACAGUGCUGGGAAACCCCAGUAAAGGAGUGUAUCUGUCCAGGUACUCUGACCUGCUUCAGAUUAACCCCUUCACCCCGGGAGCCACUGGGGAGAUCAUCAUCUUCAAAGUGAUGAAGGGAAAAGUGAAGAGUAUCUAUGAAAACAUGAAGAACAUUCUAGAUCCAACCCCUCGCUUCGACAGCCACAUCUUCAAGAACUCCAGCAAAGUCACUUCCCUCACGUCCUACCGCGCCUUCGAAUUCACGCAGCAUUACUUCUACGAGUACCAGUUCGAUGAACUGCGGCAGCGACCUCGCCAGGUUUGUCCGUAUGCCGUCGUCUCCCUCCUGUUCAAAGGAAAGGACACGCCCCUUCUGAGGAUGAACAGUCAGAUUUCAGAGGUGAGCAAAGAGCGAGCCCAGUUCACCGUGUGGACCGGAGAUCUGGUGCAAGGCGACCGGGUUCUCUUCCAGAUCUCCCUUCGCUCCUUUUCGCCGCCCUUCCUGCCCCACAGACUACCAGAGAAGUUGAAAAUCGGUUGUGUGAUGAGACUUGUCCAGGUCACCAAGGUCCUCCCCUCCAGCCUGUUCUCCUACCACCUCUACAGCAGCAGCCAGGAAGUUGUGGAGGACGGACAUUGCUGCAGUCUUCUCGAGGUGGUUGACAAAAGUCGGUCAACGACCAACGUGACGAAACUCCUGCAGGAGCUGGAGAUGACCAGAGUGGUUCUGGUGACUCCACUGACCGAGCGAGGAUUUCUCUUUCUGCUCUCCAGUGUUCAGAUGACCUCACCUUCUGAGCGAGAAGGGGACUGGAAGAGGUGUCUUCAGGCCUUGUUUGUUUUUCCUGAGUCAAGAGACGUCUCCAAAUCCACAUCCAGGUGGGCCUCCUCUGCCCAUGAUGCCUCAGUGUCGAUGUCUGCUGCCACACUGAUGCCGCGUCUGAGUACGUUUAUCCCAGCGUUGCAUCACGCCCUCGUCAAGACCCGAGCGAACCCCGCCCCCGAGCUGUCAGCCGGCGUGGAGCGCCAGGCGAAAGAAUACCUCAUCGGCCUGGAGGAGGGAAAGGUUCGGCAGUACCCCAUGGGCGAAUACGACUCCAACCAAGAUGAGCAUGAGAAGGAUUUCCCCGCUCCCAAACACCACAAGGUGAACAUGGACUACUAUCUGCGCUCCUACCUGCACAACCCGGCCCUCUACCUGCUGUCAGUGGGCCGGGCCAGGCAGGUGGUGGAGGCGCACUGUGGCCCCGAGGAGCCACAGCAGGAGAGGCCCAGGAAGAGCUGUGCAGGCCAGAGAGAGUCGACGGGGAAGGAGGUGACGAGCAGCUCUACAGACGGACAUUCCAACACUAAGAAGCUGCAGCAGCUCGUAGACCUGGUUUUGACCUGUAAGAGGAACGCAGAAAACGAGGUGAAGAGGGAGGAACGAGGAGAGGGAACGCUGAAGAGACCGGGGAGGAAGAGGAGGAAGCAGCAGGUGGCAGCGAGGGCCCUUAAAUUCCUGAAGGCUACUCAGGAACCUGGAGGAGAUUCCAAGAUUCCAGUCGAUGGAAGCCAGGCGCCGGCCUCUGAUGACUCUCUGACAUCUGUGAUUGGCUCAGUGGGUUUGAGAGACGUUGAUCUGAGAGAAGAUGGAUCUGAGCUUGCUGCCCAACUUGUCAUGCUGCUGACAGGCCUCAAACAGUCUGCCAGGGGCCUGGUCAGUCAGGAGGAGGAGCAGAGGGAAUCCUCUCCGUUUGAUAGGCUGGCCACUAAGCUGGGCCUGCCCACCAACUGUGACAUCGACCUGAGGAAGCAGGAAGAGCUGGAGGAGCAGACUGCAGGCAGCGUCAGCAGUCUGGAGGGAUUCAGCCCGAGCUCGCACAGCGGGGAGAUGAACCGACGAGGCCUGGGGAGGGGAGCAGGAGUAAACGAAGGUGACGAAGACGAGGGGCUGAUCCCAUGGGUCCUCAUCCCCAUAACAGGUCUGAGUUCAGAUCGUUACUCCCAGAGAGACAGAAACAUCCCAACGGAUCCUCGCUUCCAGCACCUCGCCACAGCAACCAGCGUCAGCACGACGACCAAACCUCCCGGGAAGACCCCCGCCCCGUCCCCCCCGUCCCCCGAGCCCAGCCCUCCUCCCUUCCCCUCUCAGUGCCCAUCACCUGACCCCAGCCCCCCCCUUUCACCUUCCCAAUGCCCGUCUCCAGAGCCCAGUCCCCCUCUAUCGCCGUCUCAAUGCCCCUCCCCGGAGCUCAGCCCCCCCACUUCUCCCUAUCGAUGCCCAUCUCUUCAGCCUCAACAGUCUACUUGCCACCGUAUGUCCCCCUCCCCCUCCCCCUCCCUGUCCUGGGGCCGGUCCCCAGAGCCGAUGGAGCACAUCCCACCUAACAAGGGCUUUACUGGUGCUAAUGAGGAGGGACUCGCCCCCACAGCCUCCAGAGAGUUUAAAGGUAUUUCCAGGGACGGACGAGAGAAGAAUGAAGAGCCAUCUGUUCCUCCAGCUCCAGAGAGGAGGACAAGCCCCUCGUCACCACUCUCUGUGAAGGAGUAUGCAGAUGGGGAACUGCAGGAGAUGGCGGAGGGAGGUGCAGUGACUCCAGUUGAGGAGAAAGAAAGUCAACCAGUUGAAAAAGUGCAAAAACGAAGGGAAGAGAAAUCCCCAGAGUGUAAACGAGGUGGGGAGGAGGUGGGUGAAAAGAAACAAAAGGGAGAAGUGAAGGAAAAGGUUGGUGGCUCUUCUCCGUCCGUGUCCUCACCUCCUACACGACCUCUCAGAGAUAUUGACAGCAUCGUGGACAAACAUCUUGGCAACUUCUCCUCCGAGAUGCAGCUCCUCCUGCAGGAGGAGAGCAUUCACUACAUCUUCCCACAGUCCCCUCACUCCACCUCCAACACAGAAACCACUGCACCUCUAGACAAACCCCCAAAAACGUUGACGUCUCAGUUUUCAGAGUAUGUGUCUUUCUACAACCCCUGUCUCCCUGUGAACGACUACGUGAGCUCUCUGAAGGACGGCAUUAACAGCAUGUUGGUGGAGUUAGGUGGCAGCAGGCGGAGCCACGACGCCGACACCAGCCGGACUAACAGUGACAUGUUGGCGAGCAGUGUGAGCUCUUUUGUGGCCAGCAUCCGAGCAGGUAAUACAAAAUCAGGCAGCGAUGAUGAGUCUUCGGCUCCCGGAGGUGAACUGAGCGCUGCUCGUCCCGGCUCGUCAGUCACUCAGACUCCUGCACUCCCCAGAGGAGGUGAAGUGUGGCAGCCAGUUGCAACCAGACAGUUUCCUGAUGCAACAACCAGCAGGAAUUCUACAACUUCUAAUGCCACUUUAUCAACUCCUACCUCUGCCUCUGGUUCCGUUUACAAGUCUACCGACACCAGCGACUGCCAUGCUCCCUCAGACAAGUUGUCCCAGUCCCACUGGAAACCACAGCAAAGUCCCACUUCAGAGAUCCACAGAACUGGAGCUCAAGAUAUCAGACUAACACAAGACAGAAACUUCAGGAUCAUACAUCGAGCCACUGAUGUAGAAGCUGGGAGAAGUGAUACAGGGUUGAACUCUAACUUGACCCCCCCGGGGUCCAGCAGUGUUUCUCGGCCCUCCCUCGAACCUCCACCUCCUGCCGAGCCGGUCUCCAGCUCGGCCUCUGUUACCACCUUCGCUCCCCCGACCACAGUGCUGAGCAACCUGAUCAACCAGCUGCAGCCGGAGGUGUUCAGCAGUCUGGUGAAGAUCAUCAAAGAUGUCAAAAAGAAGACGCUGCAGUUCUACCUCCACAGCACAGAGGAGAGGGACCCGCUCCUAGAAGACAUCAGGGAACACAUGUUGAAGCAGGGAAACACGGAGCAGAGUCCUGUGACCUUUCUGAAUCAUGAAAACCCCGACAACCGACUGCUGGUCAUCAUCCAGAACAAAGACAUCGCUGGACACAUACACAAGAUCCCAAACCUGGUUUCUCUGAAGCGUCGGCCCUCGGUUGUGUUCGUGGGGAUCGAUACACUCGACGACAUCAGGAACAACAGCUACAACGAGCUCUUUGUUUCGGGAGGAUCCAUUGUUUCAGAUGAGAUGAUCCUCAAUCCUGACUUCAUCAGUCAUGGUCGGCUGGCUGAGCUGCUGCUGCUCCUGGAGCAGCACGGCUCUCUGGAGAGUGUCUGGAAGUGGAAAGUUCACUGCAAAACCCACAAGAAACUGAAAGAGCAAGCCAGGUUCAGUCGAGAGGCAGCCAAUGUCCUGGACCUACUCUCAGCCUAUCAGAAGCGGCAAAUUGUUGAGUUCCUCCCAUAUCAUCACUGCGACAUGAUGAACCAUCAGUCACCCGACCUGGACUGUCUUAUCGAGCUCCAGGCCCGCUACACACAGUACCGACACACAAUCUUCCUGACCGAGCAUUGUCACGAGAAGCUGCCUGCCUACUCCAGUCAAGGCGUCAUCGUGGCCGGGAUCGAAGAGCUUCUGCACAACUUCACCAGGCUGGUCGGCUGCCAUGACAUGAAGGACAAGCAACCAGCCAAGGACGUUCUGCUGGCGAACAAAGAAUGCAGUGUUGAUCUGUGCUCCCUUCUCACAACGGUAAGCCAGAAGAUAAUGGCAACCAACAACAGCAGCAACCCAUGUGUUGAAUUACAUAACUUGAUGCCCCUUGGUUUAAGAGAGUUGACCGGCACCAGGGAAAGAGACCAACCUCCCCCUGCAAGCAACCAAGACUCUUCCUGCAGCUGCCUCACCCCCCCACUGCUUACCAGUCCCCUGGCCAAUAGUACCAAGGGACAACAGGGAGAGGAACACGGCUACAGCUCAGUGGAUCCCAGCCCAGAACAAGGCCUUCAUAGACCUGUAAGACAGGAACAUGUGGGGCUCAAUGGACAAACUGACAACUACUCUAAACUGAUCCGAUUACUUGAUGAAUCCGAGUCCUACUCUGCUCAGCCCCUGGCUCCUCAACACUUCACUCGCUUGCAGCUGUAUAACCGCCAAUAUCAGAAAUUCAGGGACAGGCAACUUCUAGACCCCAAGGUUUGGAAGGACAUCUACUAUUCCAGACCAGGCCGGGUACCGCACCACCAGCCUUACCAUCAUCUUGGGGAGCGGUAUCGGGAGCUCAGGGCCACCAGCACUGUUGCCUUUGCUAGUUCUGCUCGCCACCGCUCUCAUCAGUGGAGGGUGGCCUGUGGAGUGACGUGCUACAACCACCCUGAAGGACCUUGGUGCGAAGUCCAGUCCCAGGACGGGACCCAGAUCUGCAUUCUUGCAGCUCUCCCCAUGUCAGACACCCCUCAAACUGUUGUUCAACUCUCUGCCAAGAUCGCUAGGCACCACCCCUCUGUUCCCCCCCACUGAACCUUCAUCACUCCAUCCACCUGAUAGGAGAUAUGACUCACCUUGGCAAAAUCCAGGAGAGGGUAUGGGGGGGGAGAACACACAAAGGGAGAGAAAGAGGAGGAACACUGACUGCUUCACAGACUGGAAAGUCAUUUGAGAGCUUUUAUUUAUAUGUUGUAUGUGAAUUAUCAACUGUUUUGUAGUUGUCAAUUAUUUUUCAGACUUUUUUUUAUAUUUUUCAAUCACAUGAAAAGCGAAUGCAAUAGUAGAUUUAACAUAAUCUGUAUCUUGACCCUGUGAAUACAUGUCAGCAAUCAUGUGAUGAGACUUAUCGGUUCGAUAGCUGUAUACAGUUUAACUCUGAGAGGAGAAUUUUUCGGAAGAUUUCAGUUUAGAAGGAACAGGGAUGAAAAUGACUAAGAAUUAUGGGUUUCUAAAUCAUUUUAUCAAAUUAUUUUCUGACUAUUUGUUCACUUUGCUGAAUAAACAAAGAAAACUGACCUGACUUUUUUGUGACACAGCAUUCUGUCAUCUUUUCGGUCCGGUCUCAUUUCCCUAAGGCUCCUCCAGCUACUUUUCAGUAAGACCUCUCGCUUUCUAGCAACUUUCUCAAACAUUCGAUUUGUUCAGAAUAGUUCAGACUUGAGCCGUUGCAGGUGAAGCCCAGAAUGAGAUUGUGAGACCAUCCUCAUAUGCACAUGGAGGAGCAUGGAGGUCCCACACCAGAGACAUUACUUUGGACUCAAGUGGUCCACCUUGUGUUGUGUUACAGGAAAAUGAUAGGAUUCAUCAAAGUGGGUAGAAUGUGCUGUCUGUGAUCGAUGUUUCACAGCAACACAUUGAACAGGUGGAGUGACGUGUGCUGAUGACUGACAGGCUGCCAUUCCAUCGCUGUGCUAAUACAUCAUCACACAGCAGAGCCAGAUAUUCACUCCUUUAAUUCCACCCAUUUUACAACCUGUCAAACGCCGCCAUUCUGCUUUCUCUCCCCUCGUUCUACUGUCCCCCACUUCCACUGUCUCCUUCUCCUUUAUUCAGUAACUCACCCCCACCUCUCCCGUUUCCCUCUCUUCUGUCUGCUGUCUCUUUCCCCCGUGUCUGCCAUCUCUCCCCAAAGACUGCCACUGUCUCUUCUCCUCUCUCUCAUCCUACUUUCUCUACAUCUGUUCCGGUUUCUCUCCUCCCCCGUUGCUCUCCUGUAUCUUGCUGCUUCUCUGACUGCUCUCCUCCGU